CCAAUGUUUCCCUCCCAAUUUAUUCAAAAAAAAAAAAAAAAAAAUGUUUCCCUCCCAAUCGAAUUUCCUUUCAUUCCUGAGAAAUACCUAGAGGCAGAGACGGAAGGAAUGGCCUAAAUGGACAACCACCACCACCACCCUUUCCAAGAACACGAACUCCACCACCGCGACCAUACAAGCUCCGUCACCGCCUUCUCUUUUAAAUCCGACUGGGACGACGAACCGUUCACCAACGAAGACCUCCAAACCAUUGAAGCUGCUCUUCAAUCCGCCUUCAAAAGGCCACUACCCUCCUCUUCUCACAACCACGACGACAACAACGAUCAUAAUUCCGGCAGUCCAGAUCCCCAACCGGUGGUGGUGGUGGUGGUGGAAGCCGCCGAAGAUUGCCCAGUUCCAUUCUCGCUUCCCAGGAUCCGAACCCAUUCUCUCUUUCGCCUUGCCGAGCAGCCAAUUUGAGGAUGAGAUAUCUUGUGAUGAAAUUUGGUGGUCAAAUUACAUAUAGCAGGACUGUAGUUGAAGUGGAGGCAGCUGCAAUGGAGCUCCUAAAGACUGUUGAAGCAAAGAAUAGAGAAGUGGGUGAAUGGAGACCUACAUUCAAAAAAGGAAAAGGAGACAAGGUUGCAAGUGGUGGCAAGGGUUCUGUGACGAAAGUACCACAACCUCUGGAGCUGAGAAUUGAGCAGGGCAGAUCAUUUGACAAGGGAUUGCAAUAUGCCAAAAGAGGCAGGCAUUAUACACAUACCCAAUCUAUCAGAAGAUCUCUUGAGACUCUAACAAAAUACGGUGUCACAGAUGGUGAGAUGUGUGUGAUUGCUAACGUUUGUCCAGAUACUGUUGAUGAAGCUUUUGCUCUAAUCCUGUCCUUGAAGCAGAAGAGGCUUUUUCACAAAUCAGACCCUAGCAAAGUAUCGGAUACCUAUCUUAAUAUGCUCUGCAAAAUCUUCUAGUAGAUUUCAUUUUCCUCCACCUCCUCCAUCAGCUGCUUGUUGCUUGUUGACAUUUUUUAUUUUUAUUUUAUUGUAGUAAGAUUAUAAAUUUUAAUAACAUGUAUGUUCAUACUUAUUAUUAAUGGUAUAAACUAUCU